UCAGUUGCUCUAUCUUGCUUUAGAUUCGAUUUUGUGUAGAUUGUUAGAAAUAGAUUCAGUCUCAAGUAUGUAAAUUAAAAGCAUAUUUGUCUAGAUGUUAACCUUUUUAUGUUUUGACACUUUAAAAGUGUUGAUUAUAGUUGUUUUGUCUACUGUGGAUUUAAUGAAGUGUAUGAAACUUCUUAAAAUGAAUGUUGUUAUUACUUUGAAUGUAAAUAGGCAUUACUGGUACUAAGAAAAUUGUUGAAAGUACGUUCUAUGUGUCUCUGAGUACACUUAUCGACUUUGACCAGAAAAGAAAUAGUUUCAUUCCUGUCGUUGCAGCUUCAAAAACAGAAACAUGUGUUGUAUGUGUCAAGGAGUUCUCCUCAUCUAAAUUUAUCCAAGAUAGAGAACAUGGACUGUUGGAUCUUUACUCCACAAGAUGUGUUCAACAUUGAAAAUUAGGAGAUAUAAAAUGACAGAGCGACUUGGCAUAUAUGCAAUCACUCCUGAAAUACCAGACUGGACCUGUAAAGUGCAAGUUGUGGAUAUAUCCAAACCAGGAGAAGGUUCUGACCGAAAGAUAAAAUAUUUGAACAUGAUCUUUCAGGAUGAACAAGAAGACCAAAUAAAAGCUAUUAUUUACGGUGAUGAUAUCUCCUCUUAUCAAGAUAUAUUCAAGUUGUUCCACACCUAUUUGAUAACGGGUGCGCGCAUACAAGUACCAAAUUUGAGAUGUGAAAGACCCUUGCAUACAUUUGAAUGGAUUAUUGACAAAAAAACCAUAGUUGAUCCAAUUGAAAAAUAUGAUCCAGAUGAGGAUGAAUUGCCACCACCCACAAAGCUGAAUCUUACAUCAUUUGAAGACAUCAACAAUCAAGCCUCCCAGUCUACCAAAGAGCAGCUUAAGGACGUAGAAUUUAAUAUACUCGCAAUUGUUGUCCGCUGCUUCCUGCCAAGGUUUGUUGCAAAAGUCCAGAAAAGAUUGCAAGAAGUCAUUCUCAUUGAUACUGACAAACAAGCCUUGACCUUCACACUAUGGGAAGACACUUUUAUUGAGGACGAAGGCAGGAAACUCCUUGACCAAUUCCAAAAACGCCCUAUUAUCUUUGUCAGGCGUAUUGGGGUAUCCAAGUACAAUGGUACAUCGUUGACAACAAAAUUUAACACCACAAUACAAAUUGAUCCCCCUUAUACCCAAUGCCUACAAUUGCAGACAUGGGUCACAGAAAACAGAGAAAUGCUUGCUUCUUUCAGUCUGAGGAGCACAUCUGAAUCUGGAUCUCUUAUCAGUGUUUCAGUAGAUGAACAAAUAGUCCCAAUUGCAAAUGUUCAAUCACAACAGGACGGGCAUUCCUUCUCCAUUGAGGCAAAAGUAUCACUUCCAGAUAAACUCAAAAGUUGCUAUGUUUUACUAUGUCCCAGCUGCAAACAAGAAGUUAGAAGUUUAAUAAAAAGAAAGUUUCUGUGUAUGAUUUGUAAGCAACGAAAUAUGUUAAUUCCCAGGUGCAGAUUUGAUGUAAAUCUCCAAGAUGCUUCUGGAUCAAUAAUUGGCAUAAUUAUGGACAAAGAAGCAGAAAAAUUAUUAUCCCUUACCACAGAUGAGAUUUACGACCUUGCUUCAAAUGAGGAUGAGUUGCUACCAAUGCAGAAUAUUCAGAGCAAGCUAAAUCAGAACUUUUACAUAAUUCAAGUGAAAAAAUCAUUCUCCCGCACUUCUCAAGCAACUUCUCAAGCAACAUCUGGAAAAUUGUACAUUUUGUCUUGCACUGAAAAAGGAAAAAUCGUACAUUCUCUCCCUGAAUCACCAAAAAUUGAUAUUGAAGAAGGCAACAAAAGGAAAAAGAAACAUUUAGUUUCUUUUGAUGAAGAAACAGAAGUACCAACCGAGCGACGUCACUCGCUCAAGCUGAAACAAAAACUGGAGCCAACAACUCCAGUAAAAAAGAAAUAAAGGAUAACCUCUUUUUGCAAUCACUUUUGCGUUUUGCGGAACAAAGUUCUUUUGUACAGAAAUCAAUUCUCUUUUGAAGUUUGCUUUUCACUUUUUGUCUAAGAGAGAGGAGCUUCAAACAACUGUGCUAUCUGAGAUCAAAGAGGGGCGAUGUUCCCUAUUUCUUUAGGGAUUUAAUCUGUGAAUUCGUCCUCUAUGAAAUUCCAAUGAUUAAUAUUAGCUUCUCAACCUUUGUUUGCCAUGCAAAAGUUGUACUACAGCAGUUUUGAAGCACCAAUCAAGUACUGCAGCAGCAGUAAUGUUUUCUCUGUUCCAACUUAAGAUUUCUUUACCGAUAUAGUUGCUUAUACAUAUUGUGUCUAUAGAUAUUAAUUUGCAAAGCAAUAUAGUAGUAGAUUGAUCUGAACUUCCAAGUAUUGACAGUUUUUCAACUAAAGAUUACAAGGUGUAAAACUCUCUCAUUUCAUUUCACAUGGCGAUAAUUCCCCUAUCAACCUUGUCUGUUGCUGCAUUUGCUCAUGUGUUGCACUAGAGAAAAAUUAGAGCGAGAAAAAAAAACUAUGCUUCUAAGAGUAGGAUUACCAGGAACAAAUAAAAGGCUUACAGGUGACUGAAAAUUAGGCCCCACCAGCCAUGUCCAUAUCUGUAAUUUCUACAACAUGACUGCUUUUCAUCUCGAUACAAUGGAGUGUCUUUCAAAGAAGCAGCAAAAUAUGAUAACUACAUGGAUCAUGAGGGCUGUGGUGGCUAAUGACCUCUUCAUUGACAAGAGUUUCACGGUAUGCUUUAUCUUGUUUGAAGGGACCAAUCUCAAACGAUACUUUGACAUGCAUGAGUUGCUCUCUCCUAUGCUGCACCUUAAGGAUUGAAUUACUUUUGGCUGACUGGGAAGACUCUCUGAGGUCCAUCAUUUUUGCUUGGUUUUCACAGGAAUUCUAGCUAUCAAGACUUGGAAAGAAAUUGAUGAAUACGUACUGGUUUCACAAGCACGUCAACAAACGACAAUAGAAAAGCAACCUCAUAGCUUGAUGUUGAGGAAAAUUGAUUGAUGGAGAUCAUUGCAAUUCUAUGCUUGGACGUAUAUGUGCUUUUCAAGAAAAGUCUACAGCCAACUACAGCUACUUGAAUCUAGAUUGUAGUCCCUUACACAAAGAACAUCAAAAAUUUCACAGCUUCUCUCUUUCUAACAAACUUGGCAAUGUAAUAGUGUAACUUUGUUCCGCACAAGAUGAAGCAUAUUAUCUUUAUAUAAAACAUAUUUAACUUGAUA